CUCAUUCUGAUUUCUGACUGCUGUGUCACGUUUUCAGUCUCUCUCCGGCUUUAUGUUCAAAAUAAAGUGGUUGAAGGUUUUAUAUAACCUCUUUAUAGCUGUUGGGUGCACUCAAGAUCUGUCUUAAAAUUAACCAGAAUGUCUGAUUCGCCGAGACCAACAUCAACCGAAGAUUCAGCUCCUGGGUCAUCAUCGCUUCAGUCGUCCUCAUCGUCAUCAUUAUCAUCGCUUGAGCAACAAGGUCCGCCAAGCACUCCCGAAACACCGAUCACGGUUGGGCUUUCGGACAUUUUGAAAUGGAAGGAGGAGCUGUCUGCAGUAAGGGUUUCGUGGAUUACAUCGUCAGACAGGAUGAGGUGGCUAGAGGAUCAAUUUAAUCAUCUUAUUCCAAAUAACAAUAGUAAUGUAGUUUCAUCAUCGCUUCAGUCGUCCUCAUCGUCAUCAUUAUCAUCGCUUGAGCAACAAGGUCCGCCAAGCACUCCCAAAACACCGAUCACGGUUGGGCUUUCGGACAUUUUGAAAUGGAAGGAGGAGCUGUCUGCAGUAAGGGUUUCGUGGAUUACAUCGUCAGACAGGAUGAGGUGGCUAGAGGAUCAAUUUAAUCAUCUUAUUCCAAAUAACAAUAGUAAUGUAGUUGCUGAAUUUGGGAAGGGAGGUCAUUGAGAUUGGUUGUUUGGAUAAUAAAAUGUUAGGCUCA